AUGAUGAACCUCUCCAUCCUAGGUAUGUCCACAUCUCCCUUCAGAUCAAUAAGGAUGUCAAGAUCCCUGUCAAAAAGUGAGUCACAGACAAUGUCCUGUAUAAUUGGUUGAACAGCUCCCACAUUAGUUUAACAUAUCCAAACAAUUUAAACUAGAUUCAUGUGUUGUCUUUAUUUUCAUUUUCAGUAUUUAAGCGGGUGGAGGGUGCCCUGGCUUCAGCACACCUCCCCAAAGGAAAGGUCAGAGAGAAAGCCCUGUGAUUUUAAACACUCACAAUUCUGGGGUUUGCAUCCAUAUAGGGCAGCAGGUAGCCUAAAGGUUGAGAGCAUUGGGCCAGUAACCGAAAUGUUGCUGGUUCAAAUCCCUGAGCCGACUAGGUGAAAAAUCUGUCUAUGUGCUCUUGAACAAGGCACUUAACCCUAAUUACUCCUGUAAGUUGCUCUGGAUAAGAGCGUCUGCUAAAUGACAAAAAUGUAUAGUCCUAGUACUUAUAGUCCUUUCUGAGGUGUAUAAUGAAUUAUUUCCAGUGGAGUGUAAUAAUGUGAGACUGUAAUAAUGUGAGAGGCAACUUGUGUGUUCUCUCAGGGUGACACUAUGAAGCCAGACAUCUUCCCUGAAGCUGCUUUCAAGCUCUUCCUGAUGAGUCUUUGCUCCCGGCCUGAGAUAUAUGAGAUAUUCACAUCCUAG